CGCUGAAUAACCCCGUUCAGACACUGUUCUGACGGUGCCGAUGUCACCUCCCUGUUCCUUGGACCAGGAAGACAAGAGCACCGAUAUCGUCUGAGGCCGGACCGGCAUCUUCUGCCUGAUCAUGGGCCCGGAAAGCAAGGAACUUUUGGAUUCACACCUCGAUGGCGUACAUGGUCUCCCUCAACCUAGCGCCGCUCCUACCAAUAGCUACAUCUUAAGUCACCUGCGCCUUCUCUUCAAUCCUUUUCUCUAGCAUGCCCAAUGCGGUAACGUUCUUCUCCACUUCGCAAAAUCUCUACCUGACGCUUAGACCACGGUACUCUGGCGGUCUCGCUAUGUACGGUAAUGGUCAAGCACUCGUGACUUCUUCGUCACUCGCUGUAAGUUUCGGCCCAUUUCCCGGCCAUUCUCUAUGCUAGAACGCGAUCAAAAAAGUACACUCGGGAUCGCCGUGCUGCGGUAGGCUGAAGAUGAAAUCUCUAUUAGUCGAUGGCUGCAGAAGAUCAGCAUGUUCUUGGGGUGCGUUGCAUUACAAUCACUGUCAAAUGUAAUCGCACUAACC